CCACCUCAGUUUCCAACUUGCCUCCGAGCCAAGAAGACGACAGCAGCAGCAGCCAUGGCGAGCCCCUUGAACCUCCACGACACGACGAUCAGCGCCGAGGCAGCUGCGACCUUGGCCCAGGAGAUGGCGACGACGAUGGGCAGCGACGCGAGCUUGACGGAAGCGCUCGACACGUGCAUGGGCUUCCUCGACGGUGGCAACAUGGAGCCGGAAGCGCUCGACGAAGAUGUCGAUGGAGCGCGGACGACCAAGCCGGACGACGAGACGCCGGCCAGCGACGACCAUAAGCGCAAGCGUGCCAACAACGACGACGACAGCACGCCGACCAAGAUGCAUCGCCAAGCCCAGACGAUCGACGUGCCCGUCGACGAGAGCGGCACCGAGAUCAAGGAAGUGGAAGCGAGCGCAUGAGCAAGUAGCCCGAGACCAAGAGCAAGGAUAGACCCGGGAAGUAGUGUUGGAGCUAAUGUGUGCUCAUGAUUGUGAUUUCUAUCCCUUCAAUGCCAAGUGCCAAGAUGCAUGUGAUCAAGA